AUGGCUGAUGCUGGCCCCCCUCCCGCUGGAGCUCAGCUUCCUCCCCCUCCUCAGCCCAACACUGGGGCCCCAGGAUAUGAGAAUGGCCAGAACGGCCAGGGAAACCCUGCGCAUAUGCCUCCGCCGCCUCUUCAUAUCCCUCAGAACACGAAUCCUAUCCCGACUGCCAUCACCUCGCCAUUGACGGGAGGAGACCAGAGCGGCGGCAUCAUGUCGCCAAGCAGCGGUGGUGGGUUUGUUCGCCGCGCUGCACCCGAGCCUAACAAGCGAGCUUUGUACGUUGGUGGACUAGACCCCCGUGUGACCGAGGACGUUCUGCGACAGAUUUUUGAGACGACCGGGCAUGUUCAGAACGUCAAGAUCAUUCCUGACAAGAAUGCCAAGGGCUACAACUAUGGCUUCGUGGAAUAUGAUGACCCAGGUGCAGCUGAGCGUGCUAUGCAGACAUUGAACGGACGCCGUGUCCACCAGUCGGAAAUCCGUGUGAACUGGGCGUACCAGUCCAACACUACCAACAAGGAAGACACAUCGAACCACUUUCACAUUUUUGUCGGCGAUUUGUCAAACGAGGUUAACGACGAAGUCUUGCUUCAGGCCUUUUCAGCCUUUGGUUCUGUCUCCGAGGCUAGAGUCAUGUGGGACAUGAAGACUGGUCGCUCCCGUGGGUACGGCUUCGUUGCUUUCCGGGACCGGCCGGACGCGGAGAAGGCGCUCAGCUCCAUGGACGGCGAGUGGCUUGGAUCUCGUGCCAUCCGUUGCAACUGGGCCAACCAGAAGGGCCAGCCGUCUAUAGCACAGCAGUCGGCAAUGCAGCAGAUGGGAAUGACCCCGACAACCCCGUACGGCCAUCACCAUUUCCCAACACACGGUGUUCACAGCUACGAUAUGAUUGUCAGUCAAACGCCCGCGUGGCAGACUACCUGCUAUGUCGGCAAUCUUACGCCGUACACGACCCAGAAUGAUCUCGUUCCUCUCUUCCAGAACUUUGGCUUUGUUGUUGAAUCUCGAUUCCAAGCCGACCGAGGCUUUGCAUUUAUCAAGAUGGAUUCCCACGAGAAUGCCGCUAUGGCUAUUUGCCAGCUGAAUGGCUAUAAUGUUAAUGGAAGGCCGCUCAAGUGCAGUUGGGGCAAGGACAAAACCCCUAAUCCCACCCAGCAGUUCGACCCAGCUCAAGCCGGCUACAGCCCCCAGAACCCUCAGGCUCCUGGAGGCUACCCAGGGACUCCUUCAACGUACUUCCCUCAGUAUGGUGCGCAAUACGGAGGUCAGCAAGGGAACUAUGCUGGCCCAUCGGCCCAGUCCCCCGCUGGCUACGGAGGCUCGCCGAUGGGUUACGCCGCUGGUCCGCCCAGUGCUGGAGGUUAUGGCCGAGGUCAGCAGCCGCCUGCUCAACAAUGGGCACAGCCACCUCCGGGCCAGAACUUCAACAAUGGCUUUCAGGGUUAUCAAGGUUGA